AUGGCCGAGGAAAUCGACUUCGACUUCGGCGAUAAUGUCGAGAAGAGCACGUUUGAACAGAUCCUCGACAUGGACGAGGAAGAUGAUCGUGACUUUAGCAAGUCAAUAGUCUUUGGGUUUUUAGAGCAAGCAGAACAGACCUUCAGCAAAAUGGACACUGCCAUGAAAGAUAAGGAUCUCGCCGAACUUUCCAGCCUCGGUCACUUUCUCAAGGGUUCGUCUGCAACACUGGGCUUCACAAAGGUCAAGGACGAAUGUGAGAAAAUCCAGCACUACGGACACAAGAAAAACGAGACCGGCGAAGUCGAUGAACCAGAUGAAGCCAAGUGCCUCAGACUCAUUGGUGAAAGCCUCGAUGAGGCUAAACGAGCUUAUGAAGUCGUCAACAACCUGAUGAAGCAAUUCUACGCCGAAUCUUGA